AUGCCGCUUCGAAGAGCAAUGUACUUUCUCUGGCAUUUUAUGCAGCCCGUUUUGGUUGGUGUCAUCGGAGCCGAUAUCGAUUUUAAGAAUUGGUCCUUAUCAAGAUUCGGUCUUUACUGUACUUGCAUACUCAUUGGUUUAACGACACGUUGCAUUGUUGCCAUUUUAUCAACGAUCAAGACACACUUCUCCUGGAAGGAAAGAACAUUCAUCGCUCUCGCUUGGAUACCCAAGGGUACUCUUCAGGCUGCAUUGGCACCCAUGACCUAUGAACGCACGACUGAAGAAAAUCCAGAACAAAUCGAAUUGGCGCUCGACGUCGUCAGAAUAUCGAUAGUUGCUAUCGUCUUUUUAGCGCCCCUCGGUGCGAUUGUCAUGAUGAUAUCUGGCCCUAUUCUUUUGAACAAACUUAGCAUGGAAGAACAUGAGAGGGAACGCCAAUUGAGUUACUUCCGUAUUCAAAGUUUACAACCUAUUAGAACUCGUAGAAGAAAAACCAGCAUACCCGCUGAACUGUCGUGA